CUUCCUCCACAUCCUCUAACUUAUCCUCCCAUGACUGCUUGACGACCACCACAUCAUCUUGGCUAGUGUGUACAGUAUCUCGUGUGAUGGACAAAUUCGUAUAUGCCAAGAAGCCGUCCGCGGUGCGCUGCGACAAGGACGAUGCGAAGAACGAUCGCCACAAGUUCAGAUACAACCCGUACGGCGUACACAAGGCGAACGAACGCAAGCUUGACGACUGGAAAGACAAGAAGAAGAUAGAGAAGAUUCUCGCACCGUUACGGAAGGAUGGCCAAAGCAAACCAUCGACGUCGGCACUCACCAAACACGUUUUGAGCACACUCAAGGAUGAGUCGAACCCCGUAACGCAUUCUACUAUCUAUCAGCGAUCAGACCACAUCAGUUCAGCAGCCACCGGGCAUCAGGUCUCAGAUGGUCGCGGGCCACGCAAAUCUUAUAUCGACGUCCGGAGGAGCAAGCUCACAGAGCAGCUACCUGAGAAACCAGCUGAGGGCGCGCUAGUACUCCGCAACGUCCGAGUCUACAUCAACGGCUACCUGGACAACACCACCGACAUCGAGAUGAAGCGAAUAGUCACCCUGGCCGGCGGAACCGUGCAACACACGGCGUCGGGUGCAACGCACAUCCUGACGUCCCAGCAACUGAGCGGGUCGAAGACGCAGAAGCUGCUGACGAGCAAGUCGAAGAACCUCGUGCAUGUCGUGCGCCCCGAGUGGGUGACGGAUAGUAUCGACGCGGGCACGCGGCUGUCUGAGCGGGAAUAUUCGGUCAUCAAGAUCGCAACUACGCUCAAGAUUUCGGACAUCUUUGGAGCUGGGCCUUCGCGCAAGUCGGCCCACGAAGAGAAGUCUACGUAGGACCCCAUUCUGGCAGUGGGUGGGAUUGAGUGUGUACGAUCUAAGUUUCCCUCUGCGAAUGUAUGUUUCCAUAACUAUAUACACGACCACGUGAAGCU